GGGUUUUUCCCUUGGAGAUAUUUCAGAACAUCUCCACUAAAAUUGCAUGCUCGCUCGACGGAUAUGGAUCUUCCUCCAAGAGAAGACACGAGAAUGGAUGGGGAAGGAGUCCAGCCCAUCCUAAUGGAUCCGCCUACACCUUUGGGGGGUGACGUUGGUAUGGUGGGAGCAGAAAUCGAAGCGACAACACCGAGACCGCAAGAGGGAGUCGAAGAUGAGGUAGAAGCUCAGAACCGAUCUCUGCCGCCAUCACAGACCAAUUAUUGGGCUGAAGAAGAGCGCGUCAGAGAAAUGCUUUACAAAUGCUUCGAUGCAGGCUUACUACCUUCUCGUUGGGACAUUGGGGAUAUGAAGGUGGAGGGAACCAAGGCUCAUUUUACCUUGAAUCCGACGUUCAACGAAAUCAAGGUAAAAUGGUUGAAAGAGAGGACGGUAACGGUGAUCUUUCAGGAAGGUUCUAAGAACCUCCCUAAGAAGAUGAAAGAAGACGUGAUAAGAGCAUAUGAGAAUGUUUGGAUGGGCGAGGCGAGAUUUGACCCGUCAAUAACUAGAGGACGGGUAUGCAUAGAGUCGAGCAAUGUCUUAUCUUACGUGGCGAAGGACAGAAAAGUGGUGGAAUGGAUGCUGGAUGAACAAGAAGCUCGAGUCUCACUGAGAGGAAUAUGGCAUCGCAUUUGCUUCAAGCCAUGUAUGACUAAGAAGGAGAUACAAGAGGCGAAAAAGAAAGCGGAGAGGAACUAUUUUUGGCUGCGGAUUUUGGAUGUGCCUAUCGAUGCAUAUUGUUACUUAGAGUCGACGGUAGAACUCUCGAUCGGACCGAUUCAUAAGGUUUACCCUUCGGAACGGGAUGCACGCACUCUGCGGUUAAUUAACAUCUGAAUGGAUGUCGACGUUGAGUGCCUACCAAGAUUGAAGGAGACUCUAUCAUUCACCACUUUUCAAGGGCAACUGAUAGAGCUGAAAGUGGCCAAUGCACUUACUCCAUGGUGUAGUAAAUGCAGGCGUUAUUU